AUCUUGUGUUGGUGGUAUAAUAUCGUCAGCGGUAAUCGUUUGGAUUUGCUCAAAAUAACGAUCUUUUGGCAAGUUUUCAAAUUCAUGUCGAUCACGAACUGGUGUAAACAAUUUCUUUUUCCCACUUCGAACAUUAUGCUCAAAUUGCUUAAACUUAUAGAAGUAUGAGUUUCUAUGGAUGAACCUGUGUGCCAAGAUUGAAAAAACUCCUCCUCCAAAACGAUUUUGUCUUUUGAUUGGUUCAACUUGGCCAUAAUUCAACUUAAGUCAGAUAUUUGCUUAAGUGUUAAGUCAUACUUCAUGCACGUCGUUUGGAUUGUAAAAUAUUAAAACAGCUGAGAUGGAAAAUAUUCUGCAGAAUCAAGUGUUUUACCGAGAAACUUUUGUCUUGAUUGAAAUCAACGGGAGUAGCAUAUAAUGAUCUCAGAGAGGCAGUCAAGCAUUUUAAUAAGUCCAGGGUGUUGUUAUUUUAGACCUGUCAGAUAUCAACAAUAAUCUGUCUGCAACAUUGUUUUUUAUAUUAUUUAAAUGUUUUAUACUCACCAUGUCAGCUUCACAUCAACAAAAAACACAACAUGCUUCAUAUGAAAAAGUUGAUCGAUUAAUAUUAUUUUCAAAAUGUAUCUUUUAUAUUGAUUGUGAAAGUGAGUUGGCUACAGAAAAUCGUGUCGAACGCUCGAUACGCCUCGGUAAUAUUUUGAAAGAGUAUGGUGCACAAAUUUGUGAUAUACCAUCUGAGAAGACAACAACGCAUAUCAUUUUCAAAGAUGGAAAAUAUGAAACAAAGUUAUUCGCAAGAAAACAUCAUAUUCCAUUAAUUGAUCCAAAAUGGUUGGAAUGUUGUUUAAAAAGAAAACAAAUCAUUAGUUAUCGAAAAUAUCAAAUCUCAUUGGAUAACAUCAACAUUGAAAAUAAAGAUGAAAAACAUGAUGAGAAUAAAGAUAUCUCUGUUUUACCACCGAUAUUUUCUUCAAUAAACACUCCCAAAAGAGGAUCUCCUUCGGCAGUACUACAACAACCCAAUGAUUCAACACCAAAAAAUACAGCAUGUGUCGCAAAACUUUCAUCAAGUGGGAAAAAGAAAUUGUUUACACCAGUUCGUGAUCGACAUGAAUUUGAAAACUUGCCAAAAGAUCGUUAUUUUGAGCAAAUCCAAACGAUUACCGCUGACGAUAUUAUACCACCAACACAAGAU